GAUUCAGAAGUGGCAAUAGGGGAAGAAACGAGAACUUUUUCAGACCAAGAUUUCUAGAAAAUCAUCCUUCAUUUCUUCUGAUGAGACAUGACAGCAGUGAAGAUCGAUCAGGGUGGAAUGGAAACCAGUCUGAAGAGAGACAACCAGAAAUACAAGGAAAUCAAGUUUCCUUCAGGAGAUUUCAUGACCACUCCCAGUCUCGUGGCCGCCCCAUUAACAGAUCUUAUGGCCACCACUCCAGAUCUCCUAGCCCGUUCAGGAGAGCUCCUGUCCACUCAAAUAGACUACAUCAUGAUAGACCACAUCAUGACCACUUAGAUAUGCCAUAUCAUGACCACUCAGACAGACCCCAUCUUGACCACUUGGAUAGACCUCAAGAUGAUCACUCAGAUAGACCCCAUCAUGACCAUGCAGGUAGACCAUAUCAUGACCACUCAUAUAGACCCCAUCAUGACUACUCAGAUAGAUCUUAUCAUGACCACUCCAAUAGACCAUAUCAUAACCACUCAGAUAGACCCCAUCAUGACCACUUAGGUAGACUCCAGCAUGACCAUGCAGGUAGACCCAUUGUUGACGACUUAGGUAGACUCCAGCAUGACCAUGCAGGUAGACCCAUUGUUGACCACUUAGAUAGACCCCAUCAUGACCACUUAGUUAGACCCCAUCAUGACCACUCAGAUAGACCACAUCAAGACCACGCAUAUAGACCCCAUCUUGUCCACAUAAGAAGAGCUCAUCGUAGCCAUGCAAGGCUAGCUCACCGUGGCCAGAGAGGGAGAGAUCAUCUUAAUCACACAGGUCUGGCUCUUCCCAACCAUUCAGAGAGAGCUCAUCUUAGCCACAGAGGGAGAGCUCAUCGUGGCCAAAGAGGAAGAGGUCGUUCUAGCCCUACAGGGCUAAUUCGUCGCAACCGUGCUGAGAGAGUUAAUAAUGACCACUUAAGGAGACUUCAUCAAGGCCGUGUAGGGAGAGCUCAUAACAACAAUACAUGGAGAUCUCGCAGAAAUGAAGAGAGGUACCGUGGUCAGAGAGGAAGAUUUGGAAGAAACCAAACAUCACCAGAAUCUGACCCUGAAAUUGACAGAACUUCUACAAUAAGAGAACAGACUGAAUACUUACUGGCUCAGGAACGGCAGAGAAAUGAGAUAAUUAAUCUGAAUGGAGGGGUGACAGAAGAAGGCUAUAGUUCUGAUCAUAGUGACAGAAGUUCUGACAGUUUAUGGAGACCUGAAGUUGAUGCUGAAUUCCUGAAUGGUAGAUACACCACAAUUAAGACUUUUACACGUCACCCAAUAGGAGUAAGAAUGAGCUACAGUGUCGGAGCAUGGAAUAAUCGGACUAACCUGUCGCUCCACACUAGAUUCACCAUACUGAGGUCUUUGAGACGUGCCAGAUUGAACAGUAUGAACAAUAGACAAGGAAGACAGGGAGACUGAACUGUUCUUUCCUGUCAAGGGGUUGCUGCUAAUUGCACUGAACCAUACUUAGGAGCAUAAGUAUAUUCUUAGAAUGUUAGACUCUAGACUGUUAUUAUUGAAAUACUUUCUUAGGUAGGGUGUGAUGUCACGAUUUUGUUGAUACUAAACACUUGGAAGAAAAAUUGUUUAGCACCGUUUGUAUAAGAGAAUAAGGAGAUGAGCAAAAAGAAAGCUCGUUUAAGUGGGUUAUUUUAGGAAACUAGCUGUCUUUAGAAAUAUAUGGGUUUUUUUCAAUGUGAGAGAAAAGUAUAAUUUACUGUAGUCCUUAAGCUCUGCAACCUAUACAACUGAUAAUAAAGUUUUCUCCACAAAACCAAUCCCUGUAAGUAACUUUAACUACGGUAUUACUGUAAUAGUAAACUUUUAUACUGUUACAUUUUAUAGAAAUUUGUACUGUAGCAUAAAAUGAAGUGUAACAUCUUCUGUUGUUGACUUUGUAAACACAUGAAAAAUAAUAAAGAGU